AUGCAAAUUCUGACGAGUAAAAAGAAGCUUCUUCAGCAACGAAGUCAAGACAUAACAGAAUAUCCACUCAUACCCAACAUCUUGAUGAUGCCCAUUUCAAAGACAGCUGAGAAGAAUGAGCAGUAUGUAGAUAAAAUGAUGUCAAAAUCAAUCUUUUGUUGCAUCGAUAAAUCAAAAAGCUACAACUUAGAAGGAAAAUCAAACGAUGGACUUUCAUAUCGUGUAGCCUUAACUCAAAUUAUAAUUUCGUUACUUGGAAGUUUAUCUGUGCUUGCUUCGGGAAUGGGUUUGGGUUAUCCUUCGAUAACAUCACAGCUUCUUACACAAGGUGACGUUGCUUUAUCAUCAUCUCAAGUGUCAUGGUUUGCAUCCAUCACGGCAAUCGCAUGUCCCUUUGGAGCUCCACUCUCGGGUUAUUUGUGUGAUAAAAUAGGAAGACGAAGCACGCUUUUGGCGUUGAGCGUUAUCGCGAUUGUGUCAUGGCUUCUAAUGGGAUUCUCAAGUCGGGUAAAUGUUGAUAUUCUCUUCACUCAACUGAUGAUAGCAAGAGCGAUCAUUGGGAUUCAAAUUGGCAUGACAACAGCACCAAUUGUCAUGUACGUUUCUGAAGUUUGUCAUCCAAAUCUUAGAGGAAGAAUGACUUUAAUGUCAUCGCCAUUUUUCACCGCUACUGGACUUCUUGUCAUUUACUUUCUUGGUUUUAUGAUACCCAAUGAUUUCCGUUUAGUAAGUUUGAUUGCUGGUGGCAUAACAUUAAUGGCGCUUAUUGUUUGCAUUAUUCUUCCUGAGUCGCCAGUUUUCUUAGUCACACAAAACAAACUUGAGAAAGCGAGAAAAGCUUUAGCAUUGUUAAGAAAUCUUCAACAAACUGAUGAAUUAAUUGAUCAAGAAAUUGAGCAAAUAAGAUUAAAUAAGAGAAUUGUUACUGAAAAGCAAUCAAUGUUUGAUAACUGGAAAGAUCUCCGAAAGCCUGAACUUUACAAACCUUUCCUUGUCAUGGUGUCGUUCUUUACAAUUCAACAAUUUUCUGGGAUUUUUGUGAUAUUUAUUUAUGCCUCUCAAUUCUCCAUCGAGGCUGGAGUUGCAGUCAAUGAUUUUCUCAGUGCAGUCAUCAUCGGCGUCAUUCGUAGCGUCACAACAAUAUUCAUUGCUUUUGCUUCUGAUAAAUUUGGAAGGAAGCCUCUGGCUUUGGCGUCGGGAAUUGGAAUGUUUCUCAGUAUGGUUGGAUUGGCGAGUUGUGCAGCUUUUCCACUCAAAAACACUGCCUUCAAUUGGCUCCCUGCAGUCUUCCUUUAUGCUUUUAUUUUCACAGGAACUUUCGGUAUUUUAACGCUUCCUUUUGCCAUGGUCGCCGAGGUGUUUCCACAAAAGUCUCGAGGUUUUGCUGUUGGCUUAACAAUAGCCAUUGCUUACGCUUUGAGCUUUAUAAACAUUAAAACAUUCUCGCUUGUUUUCGAAACAUUUGGAAGCUUUCUUAUUUUUACAUUUUACGCGGUUGUCGCUUUGAUUGGAAUUGUUUUUGCAAUCUUUGUUUUGCCUGAAACAAAAGGCAAAUCACUUAAAGAUAUCGAAAAUAUUUUCCGCAAUCGUGAAGAGAUCGUAAAUCAAGAGUUCAAUAAACCACCAAAAGAUUUAUCACUGAAAGCUGCAACAGUUCAAAUUGUGUACUCGUCACUAGCAAGUCUCUCAGUACUUUCAACUGGAAUUGGUCUUGGUUAUCCCGCGAUUACUUCGCAGCUGUUAUUAGACAAUGAGAACGACAUUACUUUAUCACCUUCACAAGUGUCGUGGUUCGCAUCGAUCACAGCAAUUGCAUGCCCAAUUGGCGGUCCCAUAUCAGGUUUCUUAUCUGAAAAAAUUGGCAGACGAAAUACUCUAAUGCUUAUCACCGUUGUUGCGGUAUUGUCUUGGCUUAUCAUUGGAUUCUCAAGCAGAGAAAACAAAGAUUUAUUCUUCAUUCAACUUAUGAUCGGGAGGUUCGUUAUGGGAGUUUUAAUCGGAAUGAUUACAACUCCAGCUAUAAUGUACACCUCUGAAGUUGUUCAUUCAAGCUUAAGAGGGAAAAUGACGGUCAUGUCAACUCCAUUCUUUGUAGCUUUAGGAACACUUGUUUCUUAUCUGCUUGGGUAUUUAAUUCCCACAAACUUCAGACUUGUUGCUUUAAUUUCUGCUGCUAUCACAGUAGUCACGUUCUUGCUUCUCUUUGCUAUUCCUGAAUCUCCAGCAUAUUUGGUUGCAAAGAACAAGCUUGACAAAGCCAGAAAUGCUUUGAAAAAGAUUAGAAAUCUUAAUGAAAAUGAUGAAAAAGUUGAAGCUGAAAUAGUAAAAUUCAAAGAAAGCCAAUCGAGUUCUAAAGAGAAAACUUCGUUCUUUGCACUUUGGAAGGAGUUUGGGAAACCUGAACUUUACAAACCAUUUUUGAUUAUGGUUGCAUUCUUCUUCCUUCAACAAUUUUCUGGAAUUUUCGUGAUUUUUGUUUAUGCAGCACAAUUUUCUAUUGAAGCUGGAAUAAACUUAGAUGCUUUUCUAAGCGCUGUAAUUAUUGGCGUUGUCAGAGUAUUAACAACUAUUCUGGUUGCUUUUGUCUCGGAUUUCUAUGGAAGAAAACCUCUGACAUUAUUUUCUGGAGUUGGAAUGUUUUGCAGUAUGUUGGGGCUAACGAUUUCAGUUGCGUUUUCUUUAAAUGAAGGAAAUUUAAGCUGGUUGCCUGCAGCAUUUUUAUACAUUUUUAUAUUUACUGGAACUUUCGGUAUUUUGACGCUUCCAUUCGCUAUGGUCGCUGAAAUGUAUCCACAAAGAACUCGUGGAUUCGCUGCUGGCAUUACAAUGAGUCUCGCAUUUCUCAUGAGCUUUGCCAACAUUAAAACUUUCCAAAGUGUUUUCGAGAUCUUUGGGAAUGUUUCGAUCAUCGUUUCGUCACUGGCAAGCUUUUCUGUUGUGUCAGCAGGUAUUGGUGUUGGUUAUCCCGCGAUAACUUCUCAACUGUUGUUAAACAAUGAUAAUGACAUCACAUUAUCACCAUCGCAAGUGUCAUGGUUUGCUUCUAUUGCUAUAAUUUCUUGUCCCAUUGGUGGCCCGUUAUCAGGUUUUUUAUCAGACAAGUUUGGUAGACGAAACACGCUCAUAAUUGUCAACAUUGUCGCAGUAGCGUCAUGGUUUAUUAUCGGAUUCUCCAGUCGAAUUAAUGAAGAAACUUUUUUCGUUGAAUUGAUGAUUGGGAGAUUUUUAAUAGGCGUGGCGAAUGGCAUGAAAACAACACCAGCUGCUAUUUAUACUGCAGAAGUUGUUCAUCCAAGUAUGAGAGGGAAAUUGACAAUAUUAUCGACACCGUUCUCGGUAGCUUUUGGUGUGCUGCUUUCAUAUCUUCUUGGCUAUUUAAUACCUACAAAUUUUAGACUUGUCGCUUUGAUAUCUGCUGGAAUCUCAGUCGUGACACUUGUGACUUUGUUCUUACUCCCUGAAACUCCUGCAUAUUUAGUUAGUAAAAACCAAAUAGACAAAGCAAGAGAUUCAUUGGCUUUGAUAAAAAAUCUUUACAAAUAUGAUUUGAAAAUCAACGCAGAACUUGAAGAUCUCAAAGCAAUGAAAAAUACAUCGAAUGAGAAACAAACGUUUUUUGGGAAUUGGAAGGAAUUUAAGAAACCAAAACUCUACAAACCUUUUCUUAUCAUGGUCUCGUUUUUCGCCAUUCAACAGUUUUCGGGAAUCUUUGUGAUUUUUGUCUUCGCAGCUCAAUUUUCGAUUGAAGCAGGGGUUGGUGUUGAUGCUUUUCUUAGUACUGUCAUCAUCGGUGUUAUCAGAUUACUCACAACAGUUCUUGUUGCGUUUAUUUCUGAUAAGUUUGGUCGAAAACAAAUUGCGUUGUCAUCAACAAUUGGCAUGUUUAUCAGCAUGUUAGGACUAACAAUCUGCACAGCUUUUUCUGUUAAAGAUGGAAGCUAUAGCUGGUUAUCAGCAACAUUUCUUUACAUUUUUAUUUUUACUGGAACUUUCGGAUUGUUGACGCUUCCAUUCGCUAUGCUUGCUGAAAUGUACCCUCAAAACAUUCGUGGAUUUGCUGCCGGCAUCACUAUGGGACUAGCAUUUUUCAUAAGCUUCAUUAACAUCAAAACUUUCCAAGGAAUACUUUUCACAAUUUUUUGUUUACCUGAAACGAAAGGAAAAUCUUUAAAAGAAAUUGAAGAAUAUUUUCAAAAGAAAGCUAAAAAGACAGAAAAGUCAACACAACAAAACCAAUCAAAUCCAUGGAUUACUAGUGGAAAUUUAGGCUCCAAGGAUGCUGUUCUUGUGUUCAGGACUAGUGUUUUAGCAGCAUCUGCUGCUCCUUCGAAUCAUGCCUUUGAUCAUCCCGAUCUUUAUCCAGAAACGCCGUCAGCUUCUUCCACAUGUGCCGAACUGUCUAAAGCAGGAAGUGAGAAAGCUUACGUAGCUGCAAUGUCGUUGCCUCAGAGUCUUAAUGGUGAACGGAAAAUCGACACAGAAACUUUCAAUUUCACGGAAAAGAAAACAAAGAAACGUUCGCUUGAAUCUUCUUCGUCGAUGUCUUCUUCUUCCUCUUUAAACAGCAACAAUUCAAUAACAGAAAGUCAGGUCGAAAAUAAUGCUGAAGUUGCUUCUGCUAUCAUAAAAGUUUCCGAUAAUGAGAAUAAAGAAAACAUCAUCAUCGUUCCACUUGAAAAAGAAGAAAUGCCAGCAGCAGUCUUGAACAUAACUUAUAAAUUUCUAAACACUGAAACAAGACUUUUAAGAAAGAUUCUCAAUGGUCAUGGAUUGUCGGAAAUUAGUCAUGACGCAACAGAUUUUAAUCUCCUUUGGACAGGAAAUCAAUUGAAACCGGAUAUGCUAAGGAAUUUAUCACAAUAUCAAAGAAUUAAUCAUUUUCCAAGAUCAAGUGAAUUAACUCGCAAAGAUCGCUUGUACAAGAACAUUGAACGAAUGCAACAUUUCCGUGGCUUCAAGCAUUUCGAUAUAGUUCCUCAAACCUUUCUUCUACCUGCCGACUACAAGGAGUUGACUUUCGCACACAAUAAGAUUAAAGGACCUUGGAUUGUAAAACCAGUUGCAUCAUCGCGUGGUCGUGGAAUUUUCCUUGCUAAAACUCCCGACGAAAUUCAAUCGCAUAUUGCAAGUGAUGAACAAGUUGUUGUUGCACGUUACAUCGCUGAUCCGCUUUGCAUUGAUGGCCACAAAUGCGAUAUCAGAAUUUAUGUAGCUGUAACUUCCUUUGAUCCGCUUAUUAUCUAUGUUUAUGAAGAAGGUUUAGUUAGGAUUGCAACUGUUCGUUAUGAUAAUAACGCUGAGAAUCUUUGGAAUCCCUGCAUGCAUUUAUGUAAUUACAGCAUCAACAAAUACCACACCGACUACAUUAAAUCGAACAAUGCUGGUGAUGAAGAUGUGGGUCACAAAUGGACACUCAGUGCGUUGUUAAGACAUUUAAGAAACCAAGGUUGUAAUACUGAACAACUUAUGUUGAAUAUCGAAGAUAUUAUCACAAAAGCAAUUUUCGCUUGCACGCAACCAAUUGUUAGCGCAUGUCGAAUGUUUGUUCCAAAUGUUACCAAUUGUUUUGAACUUUUUGGCUUUGAUAUUCUCAUUGAUGAUACAUUAAAGCCAUGGCUUAUUGAAGUAAAUCUUUCGCCAUCUCUCGGUUGUGAUACGCCACUUGAUACGAAAGUGAAAGCAAGUCUGUUGACGGAUCUUCUUACACUUGUUGGCGUCCCAGCGAUAAGUCCAUUGAUGAAAGCUUCUUAUGAUAACAAAGGUGUGAAAAUUCGAUCAUUAUCAAGUAGUCGUCGUGUUAAUUCAGCUGAUUUUGUUCAUAAUCCUUCGCAAGGAAAAAAGGCGGCUUUAUCAACGCUGACCGCUGAAGAAUUGAAGAUUAUUAGAGCAGCCAAAGGACAAAUGGAGCGACGUGGUGGUUUCGUGCGAAUAUUUCCAACUGCUGACUGCAUGCAGAAAUAUGGAAUGUUCCUUGACCCCGUAACUGGAAUCCCAACAGCUGCAUCGACAUCAUCAGGUAAUGGAACUUACCUUAUGAUCAUCCCUCAUAACUACAACCAAAUGCUGUUCAAUCAAUUGUUUGCCAAUGGCAAUGAUUCUGGAAAUACAAUUCUCGAUAGAAUUGAAAAGUAUGAGAGAACAUUGGAUCGAUCUUUGCCGAUUGUUAUCGGUCCUAAAAGUUCAAAUACAAAAUGUCAAGAUGAGACACGAAAGAUGAAGCAACAGAUCAGAAAGUUGAUAGAGAAUGGCGAUGAAUUGUCAGUGUUGCAAGCUCGAAAAGCAUUUUCACUUUAUUUGGAGCAUGUUUUGAAGCGAUUAUCAGUUGAUGGCAAACUUAGUCAUGAAGAGCACGUCAUGAAGUUCCUUCAUCGCAUUGCAAUUUAUAUGCGACAACCGUUUUUUAUUCGAAAUGUGAAUCACAAUCGUAUUUUAUCGAAAGAACGUGGCGCAAUGGUAGCUAAACUCUUGGGUGAUUAUCUUCAUCUUUAUAAUAAAGACACGGAAGGAUAUAUUGACAACUUCGAUCGAAUGGGAAUGAUUCCGAUUAAACUUUUCGAUGAUUUCCUCGCCCACGCACAAGAACUUGAUAUUGAAUCGAUUUUAACACUUCAUACGAAUGUCACACAACAAAUGCCUUUCUUGUACAAUGGCUGCAGUCCUAGCAUCCCAGCAGCACCACCAAUCCCUGUUGGAGCUCAUGGUUUCCUCAAGUCACUGCCUUGCAUGGCUCCUGGUUCACAUAUCCGUGAAGUUUGGCGACCUGACUUGAGUAAAGUUGAUAAGCAACAAACGAAAGUUCAUCACGCGAAGAAAACGGAAAAAUCCGGUAAGUCUUCACCAAUCAAGAAGAAAGUUUCACUUUACACCGGAAAUAAUAAGCUGAAGGAUCGUGAUCGCUCUGGUUGGCUCUACAAUUGAGUCACAAGCUUCGCACAAUUAUAAAGUUUUAAGUUUAAUCAAAAAUAUGAUCAUAAAGUGCCCGUGUAUGUUGUACUUCAUUAGAAGAGAAAGAUUAAUGACAAUGAUGAUGAUGAUGAUGAUGAUAACGAUGAUCAUCAUAAACUGCCUUUUAAAGAAAAUGGAAAUAAUGGCCAUAUAAAUAUGUGUUGUUUCUAUUUUGUGAUAAAGAUUGUAAUUAUAAACGCGCCCAAAAUGUUCGAGUCAAAGAAGGGCGUUGUCGGCAUGUGAUGCGUCAAAAUUAGAGAAAUACAAAAAGAUAAAAGCGACAUCGUUGACAAUGUUGACAUGUGAUGACGACGCCCAGAAAAAAGUUAGUAAGGAGAUUGAAAAGUUAAACUUAAGCUCGUGUUGCGAAUUAACAUUUAUUUAUUUAUUUAUUUAAUCAGACGACAUGUUAAUUAGAGAUGAAAUGUUGAAAUGAUUUCGCUAAUUUUAUAAUUAAAAGAAGUUUUAUUCAAAUCAUUUUUCUUCCUUAAUUUCUGAUAUAUUUAAUAAAUAUUUUUUAUUUUGAGUUAUGAGAGACUUUGACAGGCGUGAAGCAUCUUUUGGUUUUAUUUAUGGAAUAAUAUUUCGAAGCUUGUUGAUUGAAUUGUGUAACAAAAGAUGGUAACAAAUACUUGGCGGUUAUGUUCACAUUUCACGACAAAUGUUAGUGUCUCUAAUAGCUUGCAUCAGCAUGAAUAAAUCAGCUAAGCAAAGUGUGAAAAAGCUAGUCGCGAAAAGCUCCUUAAAUUGUUUUCUUUAACCUAGUUUAACCAGUAAGUUGUUGCACACUUUUCUCAUUCAAUAUUCCGUCUCGUAAAAUAAUCCGCAGUUGCUUUAGUUUAGGGAAAAGUACGAGACUAGAUUCGAUAAACUUUUACAUAUUUCGUGCUUGAAUCUCAUAAACAUAAGGAAAUAUACGAAAAUAUCACUUCGAAAAGGAAAACGACAAUAGAAAAAUAGAGCAACAGAAUGUUGGCUAGAUCAACGAUAAUUCAAUUUUAUGUUUGGAAAAUCAGGCUUACGAAUGUCGCUUAUUUUGUUCACGUGACUUGAAUGCUUUUUGGUGAAUUCUUUUUUGUGGUUUUCACACAAAGGGAAAUAAAUUUUUAUUCAUUUGCAUUAUAUCCACGAUUUACUCAUUCAAACAAAUGACAUAUUUAAAAAUAACUUUCAG